CUUUAGCUAUUUACUCAUACACCGAUUAUGGUAAUAUUGCGCGUACCGUGUGACAGCCGGAUCCAAUAUCAAGUCGAAUCGCUGUCAUUGUUGCUGAAUCGGUGUCGAAAAACUAAAAAAACCGUCUCCGAAAUACUCGUCGGUCGUUACCUUUAAUAGGUACUGCCGGUCCGAUUCCGGCGGCUGUGUACGUCUGUUGCGAAAUUUCCGUGUAUUCUCGUCGUCUCACCUGCCGUGACAUUGCAGUUAUCUAUUCAUAAUAUUCGUGUAGAUUAAAAUGGCCGGCGUGUACAUCCGGAGACACGGAAGUGUCUUUGUUGACUCGUCGUCACCACGGUCGGAGGUUCAAUCGCGUAAUCUGCAGACUCCAGCGGCGGCGGCUUUGCGAUGGCGGUCAGACUCGUACCAAGUGAACGGUCCCUGCAAAAGCCUCAAUCAGCUUGGAAACAUUCCACGUCCGGCUGAGCCCGGGGUGGUCGUCGAGCUGACUAAGCUUCCGCACAGCUGCGGCGCACACGACGACGACCUGCAGUCAUCUCACCAUAAUCAGCAAGGAUUUAUCUCUGUGAUCAGUGAAAAUAGAAAAUCAAUAACAUUUCAAAAUAGUAACGAGCCACAAUCAAGUACAGAUCUCUCCUGGUGGUAUAUAUUCUGCCUGAAAUGCCGUCAGAAGGAAGUGGGACCCGGAUGGGAACCGGGAUGUUGGCCGAAGACCUGUCCACAUCCGUAUUGCCCUUCGUUCCGGCACGUGGCCCGGAUCCUGGCGCUACUCAUCACCGUCACACUGUGCUGGGGUGUGGUGCUGGCCGUGAUGGGUUCGGCCGCCAAACCGGGUGGACAGUUGUUUAGCAUCGCCGUGCUAGUGGUGUUUGCUUACCUGGGCGGAUGGGUGUUUCGCAUGCUCACCUUGCCCGCACUCGUCGGUAUGCUUCUGGUCGGAAUUAUCUACAAGAACGUCGGCCUCAUCGAAGUAGAUGAACACUACAAGGAAUUUGUGUCCAUCUUGAGAAAAAUAGCGUUAGUGGUAAUAUUCACGAGAGCGGGUUUGGACUUGGACCCAGUAGCGUUGAAAAAACUAUACUGUAGAGUGUUGUUCCUUGCUCUCAUUCCGUGGUGUACCGAAGCAGCUGUAAUCGCGGUGACUGUUCACUAUCUAUUGAGUUUACCGUGGAAAUUCGCUAUACUUUGCGGAUCGAUUAUCGCUGCUGUGGCUCCAGCUGUAGUAGUCCCUUGCCUAUUUCGAUUGAGAACGAAGGGUUAUGGUGUGGCCAAAGGGAUCCCGACGUUGAUCAUAGCAGUCGCUGGGAUCGAUGACGCCGCAUCCGUCAUAGCUUUUGGAGUUGGCACCAAAAUUAUUUUUGGAAAAAAUCCAGUUACUUAUGAUUUAAUGUUAAGUCCACUAUCAAUAGCAGUUGGAAUAUUGUACGGUGUAGUUUGGGGUUUUAUUGUUAAAUAUGUUCCAGAACGAACUGAUCCUUACGUGGUACCACUGCGCAUUUUAAUGUUGACUGGAGGUGGAUUAUUAGCUGUAUUGGGUUUUGAAAUUGUACAUUUAGAAGGCGCAGGUCCAUUAGCUGUGAUCAUCUCAUCGUUCACAUCAAUUUAUUUUUGGACUAAACAAGGAUGGAAUAUUGAAGAUAACCCAGUGGCCACGGCUUUUGAAAUAUUUUGGAUGAUUUUCGAACCAAUACUGUUUGGAUUGACAGGCACACAAAUUAUACUCAAUGAACUUGACCUGGCAUUCGUAACGGCAAUUGUUAUGUGUGUCGUCAUCGCUUUUGUGUCACGGAUUUUAAUAACGAUCAUAGCAGCGUCCGGGAGUUCUCUGAAUUUUAAAGAAAAACUGUUUAUCGCAUUAUCGUGGAUGGCCAAAGCAUCUGUUCAAGCUGCUCUGGGUCCGGCCGUACUGGAGGUUGCUAGGAGCAAUAAUCAAGACGAAGAAUACUCCAAGACGAUCGUGAUGGUGUGCAUCAUCUCCAUCUUGUUGACUGCCCCUGCGGGUGCGAUCAUCGUCUCGCUGUCCGGCCCCAAGCUGCUGACCAAGGCCAAGCCCAGCAACGAACAGUGGCGUCGUGGGCCCAGACCGUCGAUCCGCGAUAUCACGCUGAACAGCGAGGACGAGGAUAACGGCACCAGCGUAAGCAACGAUCAGGGGCAGGAAUGCGACGGGGUGAAAGCGGACUGCACGGCCGAGGUCCAGAGCGAAAAGAUUUGAGUGUACCACGGUCAUAGGAAUAACACUGAAAAAAAUUCAUCAUCACGUCAUGUUAUACAACACAAUAUAUUGUAUUGUAAUAUAAUAUACAGGGUGAUUCACCAAGCACGCUCAACAAUGAAUUUCAAGUUCUAAUUUUUGCAAAUUUUAAAUAUACUUAAAUAUCAUAUAUUAAAAUUCUUGAGAUUUUUUUGUAAUACUUAAGGAGUAUCCUGUGGCAAUACAAGUUUCUAUUUUAAGAACCCUGAUUUCUACUGUAAAUUAUUAAGGUAAUCUUCAUUUUCCUAAUUCAAAAUUCGAACGAAUAAUUUCUCAUUUAUUUAAAUGUACCUAUAUAAUAAGGAUAAUAUUCCUUAAAAAAGGUUUUGCAAAAAUAUAAAUUAGACGUAAUUUUCAAUUCAGAAUUUAUUAUGCUUGGACCAUUUUUAAAAUGUUCAAAUCACUAAGCCCGCAAAUUUUCCAAACCUAUCAUCAACGAUAUUUUAUCCUUGGUAAACAAAGUUAAGUAAUUCAAAAACUACUCGUUUGAAUUUUGAUUUUGAUACACUAAUAUUUUCGAAAAAAAUAUCCGCUAAAUAAUUCAUAAUGUAAUAUGGGGAUGUCAUUUGAAAAACAGAAGCUGUAUAACUGUAUAACUCUACCGGACUCCUUAAAUAGAACAAAAAUGUCAAUAAUUUGAAAAUAAUAUGAUCUUUGAGUAUACUUACUUGAAAUUUCCAAAACUCAGAUUUUAUAUAGCUACAUUAUCGAAGAAAAAAAGGGGCGAGUACCUAACCUUGGUGAAUCAUCUUGCUGUAUAAUAUGUGGCAGUAGGUGAAUCUCGAUUUCCGAUUUCCUGAUCGGACAAUUUUGUUUUUGUUUUGAUUUUUAUAAUUCCUCUUUAUUAAAUCCAUAUUAUAAUAUUCUGUUACGAUGAUUCAUAUUUUAUAGACGGGUUAUAGAUUAUAGUUAUAUUCAUUAUGCGAUGGUUUUAAAUUUAAAUGUUUUAUAUUUUUAUGUGAUAAUAAUUAUUUAUGUCCAUUAUAAUAUUACGCCCCGCUACGCAGCGCAAAGCGGUCCAAUUCGCGUAAUACUGGACAAUAUAGAGUAGUUACCUACCCUUAAUCUUUCCUCCAUUUCAUGAAAUACUGAAAUUGUUCACUUCUUCGUUAUUUUAAAUGUUAAUACUUUUAAGUUAAUAGGAGGUAUUUAAUUAAUAAUUAGUGUUUGUUAAUUUAUUUCACUAGAAUAAAGAAAAAAAAUUGUGUCUUAAAAAAAAUUAUUAUAUUUGUUAGGUAUCUAUACUUAUGAUUGUGUUAGUUACUAGUUAGGUUUCACCUUAUUUGAUAUUGAACAACUCAAUAUUGUAUAUAAUAAACAAAUCCACAACUCCACAACUCCACUAUUUAAUAUGUUUACCUAUAUAUGUUACGGUGGUAAAUUACGUCAAUAGAAAAAUAAAGCUAUUAGAGUUACUGACUAAA